UUUUUUUUUUUGUUUUGUUUUUCUUUUUUAAUUUUGAUAUGAGUGAACAUAAUUCAGCAAAUACUUUUUUUACAACAAAUGUAUCGUCCACUUUAAUAGACGACACUCAUUUGCCUUCAUCUCCCUUUUUUAUGGCAACUUCUUCAUUUCAUAACUUUGUACCUUCGAACGCUAUUCAUCAACAAAAGAAUGUAGAAAUGAAAUCAAUAAUAGAGCAUUUUAAUCCUGUUAGUAGUCAUAAACAUAUUAGAAUCAAUACUAUUCUACCACAAGGAACUAAUAAGCAGCGAAGACAUAGAAAGCAACCUCAUGAAUUAUUAACAGAAGAACAAAAAAAGGAGAAUCAUAUAGCUUCCGAACAAAAAAGAAGACAGAAUAUAAAAAUUGGUUUUAAUCAACUUAUUGAUAUUGUUCCUUCCUUGAAUCAUGGCAAUCGAAGUGAAGCACUCAUAUUACAAAAAUCUGUGGAACAUAUUCAACAUUUAAUAAAUUCUAAGAAUGAACUCAAGAAUCAACUUCGCCAAUUGCAAGAAAUGUUAGGCGAUAUAGGUUUAGAAGAAGAGUCUUCAGAAGACGAUUUGACAUGUGUUUAAAGUAUUCAUUCUUUUUUUUAUAUAUUUAUAUAAAAAGAUAGAAAA